ACAAGGAAAAGAAAGGUCCAGCAAACAACCCAGCCAACUACCGUCCAAUUGGAUUGCUAUCGUUAUUAGCGAAAGGACUCGAAAAAGUACUUUGCAGAAGACUAACAUCUCACUUGCUUAUUAACAGAAAAAUAUCGGAAAGACAACACGGUUUCCUACCAACAAGAUCGACCAUAACUGCACUACAAGGCAUUAUGAAGGAUAUUGAAAAUUCGAAAACAUCGAACAAAUAUGUCGCCUUACUUAUGCUUGACAUAAAAGGAGCAUUUGAUAAUCUCAACUGGACAAAGACAAUUGAAAUAGUUAGAAAAACAUGGUCUCCGGAAUACGCAAAAUGGCUAGAAGAUUAUUUCUCUCAAAGAGAAUAUGAAGUGCAAUUCGCGAACAGCACAUUUCGAUUCUCACCUGAAAAAGGAUGCGUUCAAGGAAGUCCACUAUCACCAAUACUCUGGAAUCUAACUAUGAACUUGUUGUUAGAAAGGCUUCAAGCAGUCGGAGCAAAGGCAACUGCAUAUGCCGAUGAUAUAACCAUUCUUAUAGAGGCAGACUCACAUGAAAAUUACAAAAAACAAUUUGACAAGAUAAUAAACAUGGCAGAAGAAUGGUCGAACGAAGUCGAGCUGGAAUUUGCCAAAGACAAGACUGAAUUACUGGUGAUCAAAGGAAAAAAUAUUGACGAUAUAACAAUUUACGAACACCUUAUCCAAUUGAAAAUCAAACACCAAGUCAAAAUCUUAGGUAUCUACGUCGAUGCUAAACAAUUAUGGACACACCAAAUAAAACAAGCAGCAAUCAAAGCUCUAAAAGUUACACAAUUAAUGAAAGCCAUAUGUUGUCGCGGAUAUGGCAUCAGCAAAAACCUAGCAAAUCUGAUUUAUAAAAUGGUAUACGUUCCGAUAGUGAGUUAUGGAGCUGAAAUAUGGGGCAAGGCCCUAGAGAAAAAACACAACGCAAAGAUACUCAAAGCGAGCCAAAAAAGCAUCAUUACCAAUCUACUCGGAGCAUACAGAAACAACAAUAUCUCUGAUUUACUUAUCCUCUCAAAUCUAACUGGAAUCGAUAUAGAGAUAAGAGCUAAAUAUGAAAAAGCAUCCUUACUGAAUGGAAAGACUUCAGUCAUAAUGGACAUCAAAGACCGUCAAAUGGAAAUUAAAACAUCAAUCCACCUUCACAUUCCACCACAAGAAUGGCCACAAAUCGAAAUAGGUGACUGUAAGCAGAAUAUCUCAAAAGAAGGAAUACAAAUCUUUACUGAUGGGUCAGUAAGUGAAAAAGGAGUAGGUGCUGCCUGGGCAAUAACUGAUGGACCAACCGUUAUAAGAGAAAGAAAAUUAAAACUUGCAAACCAGUGCACAAUAUACCAGGCCGAAGGCCUCGCGGUCAAAGACGCACUGAGUAAUUUAGAGAAAUAUAUCAAAGAAAUUCAAACAGUCAACAUAUUUACAGACUCAAGAUCUAUAAUCACAGCCCUGCAGAAUACCAAAACUGACAACGAAAUUAUAUGCGAUAUCAAGAUUCUAAUUAAAUACUUAAACGGAAAAGGAUGGAAAAUUAUUUUCAAUUGGAUCAAAGGCCAUGCAAACCACACAGGAAACGAACUUGCAGACAUGUUAGCGAAAAAAGCUGCUCAAGGUCAUGGCAGUCUACAAUACACUGUCAUCCCAAAAGCUUACAUCAAACAAAGAAUCAAAGAAUGGGCACAGGAGACUAGCUGGAAUGAACACAAACAUAAGACAUCGAAUACGCUCAAACAAUUUGUGGAAUCACCCCUGCCUAAGAAUACAGUAAUGUGUAAACAACUAAUCUGGUUACUAACUGGCAAGGGCCCGUUUAACUACUACCUUCACAAAAUGAAAAUUAUCGACACGCCACUCUGUCAAUGCAAAGUGAACGAACAAACAUCUAUACAUCUCAUUACGAGAUGCGAAAUUUUCAGAAACCUUAGAAGGAAUACUUUAUACGAAGAUUAUCCCACCCCUACCAAAAUAAACAAAAUGCUUAAAGACAGUGAAGAAGUUGAGAAACUGAACAGGUUUGCCGAAAAAUUAGUGAAAGAACUCUACGAAUUAAAUCGUAGAGAGGCUAAUAUGUCUGCUGCAAAUGGAGGGUGAAACAAACUAUCCAACUAAUUCAACCAAUCAACCAAUCAGUCAACCAACCAGUCAACCAACCAAUCAACCAACCA